CGUCACUGUAAGAGGGCUAUAUAAGACCGCGCGAAUUCCAGAAAAUUCGUGGGUUUAAAGUUAGGAGAUUUUGGUUGACGUUGCUGUUGCUCUUCAUUGCUAUUUCGUUGUAUUUCGUUUUUUAGUUUAAUUUGUGUGUUUUGCGUGUUUUUGUUUUGUUUUGAGCGUGUGUUAGUUUGCUUUUGGUGUGUGUUCGUGUGUUUGUUUUUUAUUUCUUUUUUUUCUCAAUGAUUUAUAGACGGCCAAAAAAGCCCGCUGCGGUUAGCCGGCCAUUCCGGCUAAUCGCGCGGUUUUUUUUGGCCAUGUACAAUUGGCUGGUCUCUUUCUUGGGACGCCAGCCUAGCGGCGAACCGAAGGUCCACCGCGGACAAUACAGCAGGCGUCCUCGGAUGCCAGCUGUGGAGCCCGCGGUGAUGCCGGUUCACCGUAUUUCGGACACCGCGAGAGAGACCUGUCCAGUGUUUCAAGCCCAGAAACUUGUUUCAAAGUUUUCUGCGGCAUCAAACGAAGGCGGUCUCAGUAAAGGAUCUUCUAUGAGCUAUCCAGGAUCCCCGGGACUAACUCCUCACAAGCGUCCCACUUGUGCUUCACAGCCAAGUGGGACAAAGCUAGUUGAGGAGUUCCCUCCAGGAGGUCUCUUGGAGGCUCGAGAAGGUUCUGUGUCCCGCGGUUUGUCCAGGGGAGUCUGUUUUGGACAGCCCAAUGGGCGAAGGUCAGGCCCGGGCAGGAUUCCGUCUGCGAAAAUCUCGCAGACUGUUACUGUGACAUGUGAGGAGGUGGAUGCGAGCUUUAGGCAAUCUAAUGCUCCACCAGUACGCCCCCUCAUAUGUCCGGUACCUGCCCGGGUUACCAGGCGACCCAUGGCCGCUCGUCCGCCGGUCCGGUCCUCAGAGGACAUCUGUUCAGCUCAGCCUGACACUGGGUCCGUGGGUGCGACUGGCAGAGGGCCGCCAGAGGGCCGGCAGAGGGCAGGUCCCGGUCCCGCCCGCUCCUCUGGCGGUCGCGCCCGCUCCUCUGGGGGUUGCUCCUGCUCCUCUGGGGGCCGCGCCCGCUCCUCUGGGGGUCGCGCCCGCUCCUCUGGGGGUCCCGCCCCUCAGCCGGUUGUGCCGUCGGCCGGUCCUCAGCGGGUGCUGCCGUCGGCCAGUCCUUUGCCGGUCCUGCCGACGGCCGCUCCGUUGCUGGUCCUGCCGACGGCAACUGCUGAGCAGGUCCAGAACUCAGAGGACAUCUGUUCAGCGGAGCCUGAGACUGUGGCCGCGGGUGCGACCGGCAGAGGGCCGGCAGAGGGCCAGCAGAGGGCAGGUCCCGGUUGCGCCCACUCCUCUGGCGGUCGCGCCCGCUCCUCUGGCGGUCGCGCCCGCUCCUCUGGAGGUCGCGCCCGCUCCUCUGGCGGUCGCGCCCGCUCCUCUGGGGGCCGCGACUGCUCCUCUGGGGGUCGCGCCCGCUCCUCUGGCGGUCCCGCCCCUCAGCCGGUUGUGCCGUCGGCCGGUCCACAGCGGGUGCUGCCGUCGGCCGGUCCUUUGCCGGUCCUGCCGACGGCCGCUCCGUUGCUGGUCCUGCCGACGGCAACUGCUGAGCAGGUCCAGAACUCAGAGGACAUCUCUCAGCCUGAGACUGGGUCUGUGGGUGCAACUGGCAGAGGGCCGCCAGAGGGGCGGCAGAGGGCAGGUCCCGGACGCUCCAGCUCCUCUGGUGGUCGCGCCCGCUUCUCUGGGGUCCGCGCCUGCUCCUCUGGGGGCCGUGCCCGAUCCUCUGGGGGCCGUGCCCGCUCCUCUGGGGGCCGCGACUGCUCCUCUGGGGGUCCCGCCCCUCAGCCGGUCGUGCCGUCGGCCGGUCCACAGCGGGUGCUGCCGUCGGCCGGUCCUUUGCCGGUCCUGCCGACGGCCGCUCCGUUGCUGGUCCUGCCGACGGCAACUGCUGAGCAGGUCCAGAACUCAGAGGACAUCUCUCAGCCUGAGACUGGGUCUGUGGGUGCAACUGGCAGAGGGCCGCCAGAGGGCCGGCAGAGGGCAGGUCCCGGACGCUCCCGCUUCUCUGGCGGUCGCGCCCGCUUCUCUGGGGUCCGCGCCCGCUCCUCUGGGGGCCAUGCCCGCUCCUCUGGGGGCCGUGCCCGCUCCUCUGGGGGUCCCGCCCCUCCGCGGUGUCUGCUGAUGGCCGGACCGUUGCCGGUUAUCUUCCCGCCUGCUCCUCAGCAAGUCCCGCCAUGGACCAAUCAGCAGGUCUUAAUGUGGCCCGGUCCUCUGCCGGUUCCACCGUGGGCUGCUCCGGCCACUUCCGGCAACUUUGGACACAUCCUCUGUACUUCAGUAGCUCAACCUUCCUCUCCACAAUUGCAGCCAGCACCAGCACGUGCGUCCCUCAAGCGCCGUGCUGCUGCUAUGUCACAGCCACACACAAUUGAUGAGGGGGAGGUUGAGGCAAAAAAAGCCAGAAGGACUGUAGCUCAGCCUUCAACCUCAGUCUCAGAGCAAAAGAAGAUGAAGAAAAAAGAAAAGCGAAGGCUGCAAAGACAGAAAAGACGGGCGGCAAAGUCAGCUCAACCUUCGCCUCCACAAGUGCAGCCAGCAUCAGCAUGUGCGCCCCACAAGCGCCAUGCUGAUGCUGUGUCACAGGAGAUACAGACAAGAAAAAGGGCGAGAACCAUGCCCCCAGCUCAACCUUCCUCUCCACAAGAGCAGCCAGUACCAGGGCCUUCAGCUGUCCUUUCAGAGCAAAAACGAAGAAAGAGACAGAAAAGGCGGCAACGUCAAAGGAGAAAUCGGGCUAUUAAACGUGCACUUCAAGCCCAGAGUGCAUCUACUCUCCAGGCUUCGUCUAGCACUGCGGUCUCACAGCCUUCAAUAAGCAGUGCUAUAGACAGCCUGGAGAGAAAGCUGUUUUGCUUGUCAGUUCAGAAAAAAUGAAGUUGAGGGGAGCAGCAGCAGAAAGCUUCAAUGAAGCCCCCCCCCAAAAUACAAUUAAACAAUUUAAAGACCU